GGCACAUAUCCUGUCCUAAAAAAUUCCGACUCCGGGCUCCUCGACGCCGAGGCACUCCGCUUUGUUGCAAGCCCCUCUUCUGGAGUGCACAUCAGGACUUCUGAUCUAGAUCCCGGUCUGGAUCCCUCAGCUCAGCCUGGGUCCACACGGUGAACAGAGAGCCAGAGAGAGUGCGAGGGUAACGGGGAGGUAACUGCGUUUUGGAGGGAUAGCCAGACGGACCGAUGGCAUCAGGGAAGCUGGCCCAGGUGCUGCUGGGAUGGGCGGCCAUGUGUGUCGGGUCGUUCCAUUUGUGUUGUGGUGAAACUACCGGGAAUGGACAGUACCAAGCCAGCCGAUUCACCGGCACCUUGGACCAGAGGGAGGCGCAGCGGGUCAGACGCCGCGGACAGGAGACUCUGAGAGGGCCCAAUGUGUGCGGCUCUCGCUUCCACUCGUACUGCUGCCCCGGCUGGAAGACUCUGCCGGGAGGGAACCAGUGCAUCGUCCCCAUUUGCAGGAAUUCCUGUGGUGAUGGUUUCUGCUCCAGACCCAACAUGUGUACCUGCUCGAGCGGCCAGCUCUCUUCCAGCUGUGGAGCAGGAGGAGGAGUUCAGUCCUGUAAUGUCAGGUGUAUGAAUGGAGGCAGCUGUGCAGAGGACUCCUGCUCCUGCACAAAGGGAUACACAGGAAACCACUGUGGACAACCUGUGUGUGAGAACGGCUGUCAGAACGGCGGUCGCUGCAUCGGACCCAACAGAUGCGCCUGUGUCUACGGUUUCACUGGCCCGCAGUGCGAGAGAGACUACAGGACGGGGCCAUGCUUCACCCAGGUGAACAACCAGAUGUGCCAGGGCCAGCUCAGCGGGAUCGUCUGCACCAAGACCCUCUGCUGCGCCACCAUUGGUCGAGCCUGGGGCCACCCCUGUGAGCAGUGCCCCGCCCAGCCACACCCCUGCAGGAGAGGCUUCAUCCCCAACAUCCGCACCGGAGCAUGCCAAGAUGUGGACGAGUGCCAGGCUGUGCCAAAACUUUGUGACGGAGGAAACUGCAUCAACACCGUGGGAUCCUACGAGUGCAAAUGUCCCGCCGGCCACCGUCAGAGUGAAACCAGCCACAAGUGUGAAGACAUCGACGAAUGCAGCACCAUCCCCGGUGUGUGUGAUGGAGGAGAAUGCUCCAACACCGCUGGUAGCUACGUGUGCACCUGUCCACGAGGCUACGUCUCCAGCACAGAUGGCUCCAGAUGUGUGGAUCAGCGAGUGGGCACCUGUUUCUCGGCUCUGGCUAACGGGCGCUGCGCCGCGGAGCUGAGCGGUCAGUACACCAAGAUGCAGUGCUGCUGCGACACGGGACGCUGCUGGGCUCUGGGACAGAUCCCCGAGAUGUGCCCGGUCAGAGGGUCCGACGAGUUCAGGCGUCUGUGUAUCGUGGGCGUUCCCCAGGGACACGGCUUCCCCCACGGCUACCCCAACGGACAGUUCCCCAACGGCAACGGCAACGGCUUCAACUACGGCUACAAGUAUCCCGGCCUUCCUAACGGAAACGGAGGCAACGGAGGCAACGGAGGAAGCUUUGGAGGAAACGGAGGAAGCUUUGGAGGCAACGGAGGAGGACACCAACAUAUAGGCACGGUUUCUGUGAAUGAAACCAUCGACGUGUGCAAACAUUUCACCAACCUGUGUCUGAACGGUCGCUGCAUCCCCACCCUGCAGAGCUACCGCUGCGAGUGCAACAUGGGCUACAGACAGGACGUCCGUGGGGAGUGUAUCGAUGUGGACGAGUGUGUGAGUAAUCCUUGUAUCAACGGAGACUGUGUCAACACACCUGGAGGAUACCACUGCAAGUGCCAUGAGGGAUACCAGGGAACCCCGACCAAACAGGCCUGCAUCGAUAUCGAUGAGUGUAUUGUGAACGGAGUGAUGUGUCGCAACGGCCGCUGUGUGAACACGGAGGGAAGCUUCCAGUGCAUCUGCAACGCCGGCUUCGAGCUCACUCCUGACGGGAAGAACUGCAUCGAUCACGAUGAGUGCGCCACCACCAACAUGUGUCUCAACGGCAUGUGCAUCAACGAGGACGGCAGCUUCAAGUGUAUCUGCAAGCCGGGCUUCGCUUUGGCGCCUAACGGACGCUACUGCACAGACAUCGAUGAGUGUCUGACUCCUGGCAUCUGUAUGAACGGCCGCUGCCUCAACUCCGAGGGCUCCUUCCGCUGCGACUGUCCUCCAGGCCUGGCCAUCGAUGUGGAUGGGAGAGUGUGUGUGGACACGCACAUGAGGACCACGUGUUACGGCGCCAUAAAGAUGGGCACGUGUUCGCGUCCGUUCCCUGGUGCGGUCACCAAGUCUGAGUGCUGCUGCGCUAAUGCCGAACAUGGCUUUGGAGAGCCGUGCUAUCCCUGCCCCUCCAGAAACUCUGCUGAGUUCCAGGCUGUUUGCAGCAGUGGUAUCGGCAUAACAGCUGAUGGCAGAGACAUCAACGAGUGCGCCCUGGACCCGGACAUUUGUCAGAACGGCAUCUGUGAGAACCUGAAAGGAAGCUACCGCUGCAUCUGUAACAUCGGAUACGAGUCUGACACCAGCGGCAAGAACUGUGUCGACAUCAACGAGUGUAACGUGAACCGUCUGCUCUGUGACAAUGGGCUGUGCAGAAACACCCCCGGCUCCUACACCUGCUCCUGUCCUAAAGGAUUCGUCUUCAAACCCGAAUCAGAGACCUGCGAGGAUAUCAACGAGUGCGACUCCAGCCCGUGCAUCAACGGAGCGUGUCGCAACGUGGCCGGGUCCUUCAACUGUGAGUGCACCCACGGCAGCAAGCUGGACUCCACCAACACCAUCUGCGUGGACAGCAUGAAGAGUACGUGUUGGCUGACGAUUCAGGACAACCGCUGCGAGGUCAACAUCAACGGAGCCACGCUGAAGUCUGAGUGCUGCUCCACGCUGGGAGCCGCCUGGGGCAGCCCCUGUGAGCCCUGCGAGAUCGACACCGCCUGCUCCCGAGGGUUUGCUCGUAUGAAGGGCGUGGUGUGUGAAGACAUUAAUGAGUGCGAGGUGUUCCCCGGAGUGUGCACAAACGGCCACUGUGUGAACACUCAGGGCUCGUUCCGCUGCGACUGCGCCGAGGGCCUCACCUUGGACAGCACGGGACGCACGUGUGUGGACACCCGUAGCGAGCAGUGCUACCUGAAGUGGCACGAGGAUGAGUGUGGCGAGCCGUUUCCGGGCAGAUACCGGAUGGACAUGUGCUGCUGCUCCCUGGGCUCGGCCUGGGGGGUCGACUGCGAGGAGUGUCCCAAACCCAGCUCACUGGAGUACAGGUCCAUCUGCCCCCGGGGGUCCGGCUUCGCCAACAAAGGGGAGAUCCUGACCGGCAGGCCCUUCUACAAAGAUGUGAACGAGUGUAAGGUCUUCCAGGGUCUGUGCUCCCAUGGGUCCUGCAAGAACACCAUCGGCAGCUUCAAGUGCCGCUGCAGCAACGGCUUCGCUCUGACCGCCGACGAGAGGAACUGCACAGAUAUUGACGAGUGCCGCAUCUCCCCGGACCUGUGCGGUCACGGCGCCUGCGUCAACACGCCCGGCAGCUUCGAGUGUGAAUGCAACGAGGGCUACGAGAGCGGCUUCAUGAUGAUGAAGAACUGCAUGGACAUCGACGAGUGUGAGAGGAACCCCCUGCUGUGUCGUGGAGGAGCCUGCCUGAACAAUGAAGGAAGCUACGAGUGUCACUGUCCCCCCGGACACGCGCUCAACAGCGACGGGUCGGCCUGUGAAGAUGUGAACGAGUGCCAGCUGAGUGACAACCUGUGCAAACACGGUCAGUGUGUGAACAUGCCGGGCACGUACCAGUGCACCUGUGACACCGGAUACCAGGGAACCCCCGACAGGCAGGGCUGCGUGGAUAUCGAUGAAUGCACCAUCAUGAACGGCGGCUGUGAGACUCACUGCACGAACUCGGAGGGAAGCUACGAGUGCAGCUGCAGCGAGGGGUACGCUCUCAUGCCCGACCUGCGCACCUGCUCAGAUAUCGAUGAGUGUGAGGAGUCUCCGGACAUCUGUGACGGAGGCCAGUGCACCAACAUCCCCGGGGAAUACCGCUGCCUCUGCUACGACGGCUUCAUGGCCUCCAUGGACAUGAGGACGUGUAUCGAUGUGAACGAGUGUGACUUGAACCCAAACAUCUGUCUCCACGGCGACUGUGAGAACACCAAAGGCUCCUUCAUCUGCCACUGUCAGCUGGGAUACUUCGUCAAGAAGGGAUCCACGGGCUGCACAGAUGUCGACGAGUGUGAGAUCGGAGCUCAUAACUGCGACAUGCACGCCGCCUGCAUCAACGUGCCGGGCAGCUUCAAGUGUCGCUGCAGAGACGGCUGGGUGGGAGACGGCCUCAAGUGUGUGGAUCAGGACGAGUGCUCUGCAGAGGAUCACAACUGCAACCCCAAUGCAGACUGUGUGAACACCCCGGGGUCCUACAGGUGCUCCUGCAAGGAGGGCUUCAACGGGGACGGCUUCUUCUGCUCCGAUAUGGACGAGUGUGCGGACAACGUGAAUCUGUGUGAGAACGGCCAGUGUCUGAACGCUCCGGGGGGGUACCGCUGCGAGUGUGAGAUGGGCUUCACCCCCACUGAGGACAGCAAGGCCUGCCAAGACAUCGACGAGUGUAAUUUCCAGAACAUCUGUGUGUUCGGAACGUGUCAGAACCUCCCCGGGAUGUUCCGCUGUGUGUGUGAUGACGGCUACGAGCUGGACCGCAGCGGAGGAAACUGCACGGACAUUAACGAGUGUGCGGACCCGGUGAACUGCAUCAACGGUCUGUGUGUGAACACGCCGGGCAGCUACCUGUGUAACUGCCCCGCCGACUUCGAGCUCAACCCCACCGGAGUGGGCUGCGUGGACACCCGGGUGGGGAACUGCUUCCUGGACAUCCUGGCCCGCGGGGACGGAGGGAUCUCCUGCAGCGCGGAGAUCGGAGUGGGCGUGACGCGCGCCUCCUGCUGCUGCUCCCUGGGAGGAGCUUGGGGAAACCCCUGUGAACUCUGCCCCGCCCCCAACUCCACGGAGUAUAAGACUCUGUGUCCCGGAGGAGAGGGAUUCAGACCCAACCCCAUCACUGUCAUCCUGGAAGAUAUCGACGAGUGUCAGGAGCUGCCGGGUCUGUGUCAGGGAGGAAACUGUGUGAACACCUUCGGGAGUUUCCAGUGCGAGUGUCCCGCCGGGUACUACCUGAACGAGGAGACCCGCAUCUGCGAGGAUAUCGAUGAGUGCACCACCCACAUCGGGAUCUGUGGCCCGGGUACCUGCUACAACACGCUGGGCAACUACACCUGUGUGUGCCCCCCCGAGUACAUGCAAGUCAACGGGGGAAACAACUGCAUGGACAUGAGGAAGAGUGUGUGUUACCGCAACUUCAACGACACGUGUGAGAACGAGCUGUCCUUCAACAUGACCAAGAAGAUGUGCUGCUGCGCCUACAACGUGGGGAAGGCCUGGAACAAGCCCUGCGAGUCCUGCCCCACGCCGGCCACCACUGAGUACCAGUUGCUCUGUGGGAACCAGGCUCCCGGUUUCAUCAUCGACAUCCACACUGGGAAGCCCAUCGACAUCGAUGAGUGCAGGGAGAUCCCGGGUAUCUGUGCCAACGGAGUGUGCAUCAAUCAGAUCGGGAGCUUCCGCUGCGAGUGUCCCAUGGGCUUCAGCUACAACAACAUCCUGCUCAUCUGCGAAGAUAUCGAUGAAUGUAACAGCGGGGACAACCUGUGCCAACGCAACGCCAACUGCAUCAACAUCCCAGGGAGUUACCGCUGCGAGUGUUCGCCGGGAUUCAAGCUGUCCCCCAGCGGGGCCUGUGUGGACCGUAACGAGUGCCAGGAGAUCCCCAACGUGUGCAGCCAUGGAGAGUGCAUCGACACGCAGGGGAGCUACCGCUGCAUCUGCCAAAACGGCUUCAAGGCCACUGCUGACCAGACCAUGUGCAUGGACAUCGAUGAGUGUGACAGACAGCCCUGUGGUAACGGUACCUGUAAGAACACCGUGGGCUCCUACAACUGCCUCUGCUUCCCCGGCUUCGAGCUCACGCACAACAACGACUGCAUGGACAUCGACGAGUGCAGCGCUCUGCAGGGUCAGGUGUGCAGGAACGGUCAGUGCAUCAACGGACUCGGAUCCUUCCAGUGUCUCUGCCACGAGGGCUACGAGAAUACUCCGGACGGGAAGAACUGCGUCGAUAUCAACGAGUGUGUGAGCCUCCCCGGCACCUGCUCUCCGGGAACUUGUCAGAACCUGGACGGAUCUUUCAGAUGCAUCUGUCCUCCUGGCUACGAGGUGCAGAACGACCAGUGUAUCGAUAUCAACGAGUGUGAAGUGGAGCCAAACAUCUGCCAGUUCGGCACCUGCACCAACACCCCCGGCAGCUUCCAGUGCACCUGCCAGCCGGGCUUCGUCCUCUCGGAGAACAAACGCCGCUGCUACGACACCAGAGAGAGCUUCUGUUUCACUAAGUUCGAGGCGGGGAAAUGCUCCGUCCCCAAGGCUCUGAACACCACCAAGGCCAAGUGCUGCUGCAGCAAGAUGCCCGGAGAGGGCUGGGGGCUGCCCUGCGAGCUGUGCCCCCGGGAGAGCGAGGCAGCUUUUGACACUCUCUGUCCCUUCGGCCACGGAGCGCUGCCUGGACUGGGCGAUACUCGUGAAGACAUGAACGAGUGUCUGGAUAACCCCGGCAUCUGUCAGAACGGAAUCUGCAUCAACACAGACGGAUCGUUCCGCUGCGAGUGUCCCUUCGGCUACAACCUGGAUUACACCGGGGUCAACUGUAUCGACACUGACGAGUGCUCCAUAGGAAACCCAUGUGGGAAUGGAACCUGCACCAACGUGGUGGGGGGUUUCGAGUGUUCGUGCCAGGACGGCUUCGAACCCGGACCCAUGAUGACCUGCGAGGACAUCAACGAGUGCUCCCAGAAUCCUCUGCUGUGUGCCUUCCGGUGCGUCAACACCUUCGGUUCCUAUGAGUGCAUGUGCCCCGCCGGCUACGUGCUGCGAGACGACCUGCGCAUGUGCAGAGACCAGGACGAGUGCUCUGAGGGUAUGGAUGACUGUGACUCGAAGGGGAUGACCUGUAAGAAUCUGAUCGGGACCUUCAUGUGUAUCUGCCCCCCCGGCAUGCAGCACAGACCCGAUGGAGAGGGCUGUAUGGACCUGAACGAGUGCCGCGCCAAACCCGGCAUCUGUAAGAACGGCCGCUGCGUGAACACGGUGGGCAGUUACCGCUGCGAGUGCAACGACGGCUUCGAGUCGAGCGUCACUGGAACGGAGUGCAUUGACAACAGGAAGGGCUUCUGUUUCACGGAGGUUCUGCAGACCAUGUGCCAGCAGUCGGCCACCAACAGGAACAGUGUGACUAAGUCUGAGUGCUGCUGCAACACGGGCCGGGGCUGGGGAUCUCAGUGCGAGCUGUGCCCGCUGCCCGGCACCGUGCAGUACAAGAAGAUGUGUCCGCUCGGACCUGGGUACACCACCGACGGCAGAGACAUCAACGAGUGCCAGGUGAUGCCGGACAUGUGCCGUAACGGUCAGUGCAUCAACACCAUCGGCUCCUUCCGCUGUCACUGCAACGUGGGAUACAAAACCGACUACACUGCCACCUCCUGCAUCGAUAUGGACGAGUGCGCUCUGUCUCCGAAGCCCUGUAACUUCCUGUGUAAGAACACAGAGGGCAGCUACCUGUGCUCCUGCCCCCGGGGAUACAGCCUGCAGCCCGACGGGAAGACCUGCAAAGAUAUUGAUGAAUGUUCGUCUAAGCAACACAACUGCCAGUUCCUGUGUGUGAACACCAUUGGGGGCUUCACCUGCAAGUGCCCCCCCGGCUUCACCCAGCACCAGACGGCCUGCAUCGACAACAAUGAGUGCUCCGCUCAGAACACUGCGUGCGGAUCCCGGGCUUCCUGUGUCAACACGCCCGGCAGCUUCAACUGUGAAUGCUCUAAAGGUUUCUCCCUGGACAACACCGGCGUGGAGUGUGAGGAUGUGGACGAGUGUGGCAGUAACCACCGCUGUCAGCACGGCUGCCAGAACAUGAUGGGCGGUUUCCGCUGCGGCUGUCCUCAGGGCUACGUUCAACACUACCAGUGGAACCAGUGCGUGGAUGAGAAUGAGUGCCAGGGAGCGUCAGUGUGUGGCUCGGCCUCCUGUUACAACACACUGGGCAGCUUUAAGUGUGUGUGUCCCUCCGGCUUUGACUUUGAGCAGGGCGGCAGCGGCUGCCAGGACGUGAACGAGUGCAGCGGCAGCGGCUCCAACCCCUGCAUCUACGGCUGCUCCAACACUGACGGAGGAUACCUGUGCGGCUGUCCCGGAGGCUUCUAUAGAGCCGGACAGGGUCACUGCAUGAGCGGCUCAGGUUUCCCGGGACAGUUCGCGGAGGGCGAAGACGAGGACAGUCUGUCUCCUGAGGCCUGCUACGAGUGCAAGAUCAACGGAGGAGGAGCCAAGAGCGGACGCCACAGACGCCACGCUGAUGGAAAUGAACUCAACGAGGAGCCAGAAGUGAGCAUGGCCAGCAUCGACACGCAGGGCCCCAUCCCCAUGAACCUCACUCUGUCCUCGCUGCUCAACAAGGAGCCUCUGCUGGAGCUCCUGCCGGCGCUGCAGCCCCUGGAGCACCACGUCCGCUACGUCAUCACCCACGGGAACGGCAACGAACACUUCCGCCUGCUGGAGCGACGCGACGGCAAGAGCGUGCUCCGGCUCGGCAAGAGGGCGCCCCCCGCGGGAUCCUACCGGCUGGAGAUCGCCAGCCUGCGGCUCUUCGGGCCCCGCAGACUACACCAGCUGGAGGAGCAGCACGACACUGACUACCUACAAGGGGAGAUAGGAGACGCCCUGCGCAUCAAGCUCCUCAUCCACCUGCACUGAGCCCGGAGUGCGCUCACCAUCCUGUCCUGGACUGAUUCCUAAAAGCCUCUAACCUUCCCCCUUUUCUCCGAUAACUCCUCCCCCCCCUGCAGGAGCAUCCCCCACCUGCAUCAAGGGCUACGAAAGACUGAGUCAAUCAGCCCAACUCUACCACCACUUUGUUACUGUUUUUGUUAUUAUAUGUUCAUGUUUUUUGACUACACUUCCUCAUGCAAACCGACCCAGCACCCCACUGAGAGCCGGUGGAGGAGAAAGCAGAGAGGUGAUCAGUGUUUGGACCGUAGCCCCCUGACAAAGUAAAAAAAUAAAAUGGUUUUAAAGUCCAUGAAGCACUUUUGUAGACAAGCAGAACAAGAAAUAAAGUGCAGAGAGCAGCCACAAACUGUCUAAAUGCCAAAAUGAUAAGUAUAAGGGGGUCGGGUGGUCCAAGGACUUUCUCACCUCUCUGGGAUCUUGGUUAAAAAGAAAUCACAACACUGGGGAACAAUGUUCGUCACGUCCGCCCCUUUCAGUAUUGUAGUGUGUCAUUUAAUGUAUUUGUGCUGUUUGAAAAAUGUUAACACGAAGGACUGCAACAUUUACACAGCAUUUCAGGUUCUUCAGUCCGUAGUCUGUUUUAUAGCCCAACUUUCAGCGAGCUACUCUUGACGUAGCCGACUUUUGUCAAGCAGGGAUUAUCGUGUUUGCGUGUGUGUGCGGCCAUGUUUGGUUACCUCAGUGCUUCUCAGCGAGUGCUAGUGUCGCUCAGGAUCCAUCGUGAGCAGGGAACUAAACACUAGCUAAUAGCUCAUAGAGAAUACAUCUGUUUAUCUCGUAGGGAUUAAGAUUAUGUUGGACCUGAGAGACAGCUUUUCCUUUAACUCCAGAGUCUUGUCCCCUAGUUGAUAGCUUCUCCCAGGUUUUGCAUUUUAAAAACUCCUAAAUAACAGCUGCAGGAGAAUAGAGUGGUGCAGGAAUGAGCCCUUUAACCAGGAAAUUAGUUAGCAUUUAACAAUGUCCGGAGGUUAGAUUCCAGAAAUAAGAUCUGUGGUAAAAUAUGUCAGUAAAUACUUCACUGGUGAAUGUCUGACGCAUUUAUGUAGCUUAAAAUCAGCGGUUGCUAACAAGUGUCCUAAUAAGACAACUAAACGCCCGGUCACCGAACAUUAGCCGCCGUUAGCUUAGCGGUGGUGAUAGCUUGUGAUAGCUCAAAAUUAGUAUUUAAUUUAUGGGUUUUGACCUUUUGAAAUGAACAAAAACAGGUGUUAAUAUACGGAGAAUGUCAUGACGUUAAACAUUAGCCACAGUUAGCUUAGCGGUGAUGAUAGGAAGUGAUGUUUCCCUGCUUAAGCUUGUUAUAGCCCAACAUAGCUUUGAACUUCUGGCUUUUGAUGAAUUCAUAAAAUAGGUGUUUAUAUAUGGAGGGUUUCAUGAUGCCAGACAUUAGCUGCAGUUAGCUUAGCAGUGGUGACAUGAAGUCAUGUUACCCUGCUGUAACUUGUCCCAGCCUAAAAUGUGCUUUUUACUUAUGGAUUUUGACCUUUGAAAUGAAUAAAAUAGGUGUUUAUAGAUCGAGUGUCAUCACACCGAAUAUUAGCCACAGCUAGCUGUCGAGGGAGCUAGCUUGUGAUGCUAAUUUCCGGGUUAGCCGACAAAAUACGUCUUAACUGCACCACUCUACAGCAGAUUUGGAAUAAAAGUGGACCUCUUUGAGUUCACCGUGAGCUUCUGAACCUCGUUUACAACACAGCUGACUGCAGCCUCAAAGACACGUGACAUGUCAACCUAAGCUGUGUUUUCAGUGUAAGGGCACGCACACCAAACCUCAUAAACAAACCAAAUAUCAAGCAGGUCAUCUUACAUUUCUCAUGAUUUUUUUUUUCUCUCACAGAGGAAAAAGGUGCUAGGUAAUACCAUCUCGUACGCUGUACAAAGAAAGGGCAGUCUUGAAUCUGGAUUGCAAAAGUUACUUUUUUUAGGAUCUAUUUUUUCUGUACGUCUGUCUUUUGUAUUGUCUCAAUGCUGAAAAAAAACAACAUUAUCAAACUCGCUUCUUGAAAAUUAAAUUGUAUAUUUUUAAGUAAAAUGUAGAUGUUUUUGUUUUCCAAUGUCAAGGCUGCCAAACCAAAUACUCACAGUAAAAUGAAGGUUGUUGACUUUUUUGUUGAGGGAACAAAACCCAACAAAAACUGUCUGUAUUGUUUGAAACCACUGUCAGCCACCACCGAGGUUAAAUGUAAAACAGACUCAAUAAUAAUUAACAUUCCCAUCAUUUAUUGUCUCAUACAAGCUUACACUGUCUGUAUAAUUACCAUUACAUCUCCACUUAGGAUCUAUGGUGCUAAAUCUUUACAGUCAAUGUUGCUGCACUGCCCCACAGCCUUUAAUGUUUAUAACACAUAACCAUGUUUCUAACCUGGGAACCCUUUGUAUACUUUGUACCGUUAAUGUCCGUUUGUAAUGUUUCCUUUAUUUGCCACUAUGUUUAAUUGCGUGUGCUUCUCGGCUUCAGUGUGACUUACUGUCAUCUCCAUCUAGAAAUCUUUAGAAAUCUGUGUUUCAUAGGAAAUUAAGAAGACUGCUCAAAUGUUCACCAAAAAGCUGAAAUGACAAUCAAUAAAUCAAUCAUGGAACAUCUAUUUAAUACCCUGAAUGUGCAAAAGAACCAAAGAUUUAUAACAACCAAAUGGCAGUAAAACUAGAGUGAUUCACAUCAUAUUGUAAACUUUUGUCCAGUGACAUUAACGGCAAUAAAGUAUUGUGGGUUAUAUUUUUAA